UCAAACACGUACAUACACUCGUAUCAGGAACGAGUCAUUUUUAUGAUUACAUUUUUAAUGUCUAUAGCGAAUUACCUUUCCAUACGUAGAGCGAUCCGAUAACGGAUACCACAUAUAACGCAACGGCUCAAUGAUACGACCAACGACUAUUAAUCGGUUUAAAAAAUAAUGGAAUGUCUAUUCAUCCAUGGUUCCCCCACCUAGCAGAGUCGAUGCCUUCUUCGGGACUAGCAUAGACAUAACAGCGUGCACAUCGCAUUUGACCACCACCAACUCUAGACCAGUCGGCUUACAACUGCUGACACAGUCGGUAGUUGCGCGAUUCGUGGUAUUUCUAUAGUGGUUGCUGUUGCUCUUGCGUUUUACAACUAUCUUGUAUUGUCGAUAUGUUGCUCGUUUGAUUGCGCGAAGUCUCCGUUUGAUUUCAUUCGAUUGUUCGGUUUUCUUUUGAUUGUUUAGUUUGUCUUAAAAGGAAGUUUAUCGGUCAAAGUUAAGAAAAAAAAAACCGAAUACAAGGAUAAAAUAAGAAGAAACCAUCGAUGAUAGUCGAAGUUAGCGAAUCACGAUUGAAAUAUAGUAGGAGGAACGAAACAUCGGAUGUUCCUCGAGAUGAGAACGCGAGGAGCACACCGAAGGACGAGAGGACAACCGAGGCGAAUACGCGAAAUUUAUGAGACUUUCAGAGAGUAAACUGCGAACUGCGGCGAUUUCCGACAAAUUCCUUCAUCGAACACCUGUGUCCCACAUUCAGAUUCCAUGUUGGACGCGUCGUGGCAAUGGUGAACCAUCGAUCACAAGCUUUAUCAUUCUUUCCAUCGUCGAACCUUCGCCGGAAACGGACGUCUCCCUUUUUGCAUUUGACGCGUUUCGAUACAAUCGCGUUUCGAUGCACGAAAUUUCUAAGAAUCGCGAACGAUUAAAAAAGGUCGCGAGUGCAGUGUCUAUAGUGAAAAUUCUAGCUCUGGGCAUAACAUACGAACCAACAGAUUUUUAGCCAAACUUCGUUGCAAUCCGACGGAAAGAUUUCGAUUUCCAUAGACUUGCCUCGAUCGCGCAAUUAUUCAAUUUUCGAUCGAUUUCGCUUGCGAGAAAACUCGUUUCCAUUGGGAACCUCAAAAUUUAUAUAAUCACAUUACGUGACUCGCAGAAAAAUCUACCUAUAACUUUAGCGCAUAAUCGAUCUACUACCUUUGAAUAAUAUAUUAUAAGUGCUUUUUCUAAGUCGUGAAUUAUUCAGAAAGUUACGAUAGUUGUGGCAUAACGAAUUGCAUAUCAGGCGUUCUUAAUGGAUUACUAUCACAGGCAAUACAUUUGCUCAUCAUUCGCUGCAUGACUUAUCAACUGUUCGUUAGAAUACUUUGCACAGUGAAUUAAGACUCGAGAGAUCGAAAUCUGUUGCACUGAGCCUCCUUCUUGCCCGUUGUGUUUCAUUUAAACUCUCAUCAAGAUCAAUUCAGCUGGUUAUCUCGAACGUGACAAACGUAUUUUUGACUACACGACAAAAAAAAAAAAAAAGGAACUAGCUUAACGAUACGUCAGGAUUUUUGUUAGUUAAAAAAUUACAAUACCUCGAUACGAAUCGCAACGAGACAAAAUUCGAAACAAAACGAAUAACCACAGAUGACCGAUAUGAAAUUAUGGGUGAUUGGAAAAAACAGCUUGGUCGUCCUUACGAUCUUCACGAUCGCUCUGUACGUUCUGUCUUUCUGCUUCAACUGGAGCGACGACGAUUUCUUACGCUUCAGGGAAGUCUUUGACCAGGAUCUACGAUACGCGAAUGCGACGAAGAAAAUCCUAUUUUGGACCAAGAUGUUUAGCGACGAGACAUUUUACAUGGGCACAGGCUACAUCGCCCGCCAUUGCCCCGUGAACAAUUGUUACGCGACUAACAAAAGAAACGUGGUGAAUCUGACAGACUUCGACGCAGUUUUAUUUCAUGGGAACGAUCUUGAUCUGGAAGAUUUGCCAAAGGACCGCAGUCCACGGCAGUGGUACGUUUUCGUGAAUCUGGAAAGUCCGGCCAAUAGGCCGAUGACUAGCUACUUUUACGAGGAUUUCUUUAACAUCACGAUGACAUACAGAUUGGACAGCGAUAUCGUGUGGACUUAUGCAGUCGUUAAGGAUGCUCGUACCAACGUAAAUGUAGCUCCUAGCAGAAAUGUGAAUUGGAGCGCCUUUUACGCUGGGUCAGGUGACCGAACGAUCGGCGACGAUGUGGACGCCUCGUUGUCGAAGACGAUUCGAGGCAAGACGAAGCCGAUAAUCUGGUUCGUGAGCAACUGCGUGGCAAAAAGCGGCCGGGAAGAGUACGUGAACGAACUGUCCAAGCACAUACCAGUCGACGUUUAUGGAGCAUGCGGCAACAUGUUUUGUCCCCGUAACGAGGAUUGCUUCGCACGAGUCGCGGAACCUGGCUAUUUUUUUUACCUGUCAUUCGAGAAUUCGUUGUGCGACGAUUACGUAACCGAGAAGCUGUACAAUAGCCUCAGAUACAACGUGGUUCCCAUCGUUUAUGGUGGCGCCAAUUACAGCCGCUAUGCUCCACCACGAUCUUACAUAGACGUGUUCGACUUUGACACGCCAAAGAGUUUGGCCGAUUAUCUAAAGAAGCUAAUGAAAAAUCCGCGAAAGUACAGCGAGUACUUUGCUUGGAAAAAGUAUUACAAGAUCGAGGAUGGCGUUCAACAAGGAGUAUGCAAUCUUUGCGAGUUUCUUCAUAAGCAGAAACAGUCACGAACGCAAAAAUUUUUGUCUGAUUGGUUCGGCCGAUCGAAAUGUCACCUCCAGGAAUUUUUACGUAAUCACAGUUACCUUACAGGGUCUAUUUUCAAAGACUGAUUUAGCGCACAUUUCUGACAUAUCACCGUGCAAAUUUAAAUUAUCGUAAAAUACGUUUAGUUUACGACUGUCGAAUUUAUUUAAGCAUUAAGAUUUUAUCAGGGUUAUAUACAUUAUAUACAGACUCGCAAAAGCGAUUUUAACGCUUGCCAUUGAUAACUUUAAUGUCCACGGACCUGUAUAUUUUUUUAUUGGUUUCUUUAUCAACGCCCCACUUCUAUACACAUAUCACGUUUUAAAUACGAUAUAGAAAAACCAUAUUACAUGUCCCACGUUAAACAUUUUCAAUUAUUUCUCUAAUGAGACACGACUAUCCUGAUUAUAUCGAAACUACAUUUACGUUUAUUGAAAAUACACAUUUACUAUUACUAAAAGAUUAGUGAAUAGUCGUCUAAAACGUGUAGUUAGAUGAUCUCUGUAAAUGUCGUGCCUUACUAAUAUAACGAACAAUUUAACAUUCCUGCGAUAUUUGAAAAUUGUAUGCGAUUACACUAAAUAUCUUAUAAUUUUUAUACACAUUCCGGGAAUUGUUGCAAACUUUGCCAGCAUAUGACGAUAGUGGAAGCACGCAACACCGCUAACGAAAUUUUCUAAUGUUUCGUGUAAUACGAUAUAUUCGUGAAGGAUGUCUGAAAGCGUUCGAGUACUUUCGAAAACUUGUAUAAAUGGAACGAAUCGUUAGAUUUGUAUUAUAAUUAGCGCAGUGUGAAUGAUACGAUGAAAUAUGUGAAAUAUCGAUGAACGAUGUCUGCCAUCAGGGCGAAAUUCAUAAGAAACUAGAAUCUCGACUUUCGAUCAAUUAAAACGAAAUCGAUGAACGAUAGACAAGACACGGAUCCGGUUCUGUGUUAGACACGCGUUAGUCGCGUAAAUGAAUCCGAACCAAUCUAUUUGAAACGCAGUUAUCUAUCUGCGUCAUUCAGCAUUAUUCGUAAUUUAGCAUAAUUAGAAUGUUUCAUUAAUAAUUUAAAGAAUAAACGCGAAGCUCGAAUCUCCCGUUAUAUUACUUGCCAUAAAUAUUCACCGAUCGAAUCGGUAUACAAGUGCUUCGAAGAUCGAUGAUUUUCAUAAUUUAUUUUGCUGCACUGGUCUACCUUCGAUUCCGAGUUUACCGAAGUGGCAAUUAAACGAUUGAACGUUUUGCCGUUUUAAAAUGAACAGUUUAUUAUUUUUCAAACAUUCGUUAACCUGCGAAACUGACAACGAGAAAAAUUGUAAUUAAUUCAUUUGAAAUGUAUAACCAUCUGUGAGCAUUCUCAGGCUGGAAACGAUGUAUUUUCAAGUGAUUCGUAAACACGAUGUACCUUUCGAUUCGCAGAGUUCGUUUAGAAUCACUUAUCAGGCGACGGACUAUUUUUAGCAAACCAUUCAUACACCUAUAAGAUAAAACCUUGUCUUAACGAAUAAUAAAGCUGUUCGUAUCACGUCAUGAAAAAUCGACAAUGUCAUUUUAAUAUUCAAUGCACCAGUUUCGCAUCAUCGUUUUUACAACGAGCAAGAUUCGAUCAAUUUUCUCUUACGCAACAUUUGUCCGACAUUGUUUAACAUUUAACGUUCGAAGAAUUCUACGACCGUGACGCGAUUCAAGAGAAUAUCGAUAUUAAUUAUACCUGUCGUAUUAUUAACAUUUAUUAAAAAUACUAGUAGCAUUAUUUGUAUUAUUUUUAUACAAUAUUCUAUUCUCUAAUUUAUUCAGAUUUUUGAGUACGCGUGGCGCGUUCAAGGCAACUAUCCGACUGAGUUUGCCAUUUCUAGGUCAUGAGCCGAGUAAGGCCUGGUAUCCGCUCACGAGGCAUAAGCGUAGUUUCUGUAUAAGUCGACGAUAAGUUUACGACAGUGUUCGCACUACAAAGCUUUGUCUCAUCGUUAAAAUGUCGAGCGAUGAGGAAAACGCGUACAUCCUAUAACGCUACAUUCGUUCGUACUUGCAACGUACGCCUCGCUACUGACUCUGUUAACGCCAGUCGUCACGACGAAAACGCGUAGCGACGAAAACGGCUCGCUACUGUUUCGUGGACAGUUGCAUAUUACUGUGAGCAUCUGUGCAUCUCUAGCAUUACUCUAUUUAUCGUUAACGUCAACGCGUCUAAUACGCGCUCGUAAGAAGCUUCGCGGACAGAGGACGUACGUUACUACCUGUACGUUAUUUUGUGUAUGUUAUUACCUGAUUGUACGGAAACAAAGGACUGGUCAUCGAGAAAUGAAAUACUUUCGUAGAUUCGUUCGUACGAUCCACGACGACCGAUAGACGUCGUAAAAGCAUUCUCGCGUCCGUUAUCAAGAAAACGAGACAAUGGCUCGUUCGAGCGAAGAGAAACGCGGAUAAGACUUCUCCGUUUUGUCGUAUCCUGUCUGUACGUUUUAAUUGAAGCUCGCGCUAUUUCCUGGAAAGUUUCAGUCGCCAAAGUCGCCAAUGUCGCGUGUCUUCGCUACACUGCCUCGUAAACAACGUCUGUCUUCGAGAUUCUCGGUACUGGUAACGGUAUUCUUUCGCAAUUUCUUCGACAACGGUCUUGCAGAAAUUUCAGACCGUUGGGUUGGUCGGUUUGAAAAGAUUUGUAAGACGACGUUCGAAUCGCUGAACGAAGAAGUUCGCGCGAAUGGAUGCGAAAUACUUUGACGAAACGAUUUGAAUCGCGUUGAAAUUGUCGUUAGCUGGAUUCAUGGAUUCUUUGUAAACAAGUACGGUCCGUUGAUUAAUUAUGAGCUGGCUGAAAAUUCGUUUUGAAUAUACCGUUGAAAGUACCGUUGAAGUUGCAACGUUCUUCACGGUAUCCUUCGGAAAAAUUGUUCGUAAAGCUGCAGUUUGAAAAGCAGAAACAUUUAAUCCUCUCUACGUUCUUCUAUCGCGUUAAUUUCGGCCCGAUAAUUUAUUUCGUAAUAACAUUAAUUACGAUGUUUGAAAUUCUACGCGAACACGAAACAGCUUGCUAGAAUUUUAUAUCAUAACGUUUAUAGGCUAUUCAAGUGGAAAUUUCUGCCAGCGAUGUAUAAAUUUAAUCGAGUAUUCGUAUGAUUUACAUAUCAUUGACCAACUAUUGUAAGAAAAUAAAGGGGUCACUGAUCGUAUGUAUGUCUUUCCUGUAACGCCAAAGGUGAUUCUACUUUUGUAAGGAAAAUGGUAGAAUAAAGAAUAUAUUAUUGACGAA